AUGAAAAUUAAGGAUAUUCAAAAGGCCCUAAAGAAAUAUUAGCCAAAAAUGGACUAGGAUUACUAAUAAAAAUUAUAAAUUGCCAAAUACACAAAUUUGUCUGAUAUUGAAAAAAGCAAUUUUAUACAGAAUUCAGGUAUUUUCAAUUUGGACUUAGGCUUCGAACAAUAAAAUGUGUGUUUUUUAUUUAAUGGUAAUAUACAGAAUAGCUUUGACAAUAAUAAGCUAAUUUAUUAUACAAUAAACAGUUUAGACAAUAAAAUAGAUCAGAAGUAUUGAAUCACAAUAUUUUAUUAGUACAUAUACUAUUGUAUAUAUAAUGUCAGAGCAUGAUGGACUAUCAUAGUUGAUCAGAUUUAGAAAGUUGAUGAAGUAGCUCUCAAGCAAAUAUUACAUUUAAUUAAAGUGCUUUUAUUUAUAUCAGCCAAGCUUUAAAAUAAAAGCAAACCUAUUGAUCUAGCGAUCGAGAUCGAAGAGAGAGAAAAUUUUGUAUAAGAAGACUAAAUAUAUAUACGAGUAAACUUAAAUUCAUUUUAAGAGUAAAGGAACUAUUAUAGAUACCAAAUUUUUAAGCCAGUUGGAUGAUAACAGUUCCAAAAUAAAUUUAGAGCUUUGAACAAAUAGAACCAGUUCAAUCCAUAAAAUAAUCACAAAGUUCCUUUGGUUCAUCUUUGAGUAGCCAAAAGUUAAAUCAAUUCCAAAUUCCUUUAGUAAUAGAUCAUUUGCUGUCCUACUUUGUUGUCAAUCCAGAUAGAUUUUUGAUACCAGAUAUUUUUAGGAAAUAAGGGUUAAUCACAGAGGAGGACUAACUAUAACAACAGUUAAUUAAUGAGAACUACGAAUGUUUGAAGAUUGUAGAAGAUGUGCGGAUAAUCUGUAGUCUCAUAAAGAGGUUCUUUUUAGAGUUACCAGACCCAUUGAUUCCUGAACACAUUUUCAAAAGGAUUUGUGAUCAUUUCGAAUGUAAGUUGCUAUUAAAACAUAAUUAGAAACAACUGCUCAAACAGAGAUUGAUUUAUUAAAAGAAGUAUUUGAUUAAUUACCCAAUUUAAAUAAAUCGUUGCUUAUUGUUAUGGUCAGCUUUUUGAUUUGUGUGGGGAAUCAUUCUGAAUUCAAUCGAAUGAAUAUGAAUAAUUUGGCAAUUUUAUUUGCUCCUUGCUUCAUGAGAGUCUAGGUCAAUUAGACUUAAUCAAUUGAAUAAAUUAAACAUUAGCUGAAAUUUCUCAAAAUACUAUUUGAUAAUUAUGACAAGUUAUUCCCAAAUGUUUCUUUCAAAUUAUUCCUGGAAUAUGGUCAAGCUUAAGUUUUCUCAUCAAUCAGUAGCAAUAGUUCUACAGGGGCAGAUACUAGUGGAAACAAAAAUCAAAGGCUAUCCUCAUCAGAUGA